AUGGUUACUGAGAAAGAGGGGAGCAGGACCAAAUUAGAUCCUUCUAAAGGAGUUGGAAAUGGUACUCCCUUUCUUCACGAGCCCAUUGUUGCCAUGCAAACUUUCUUUAGUGUGGUUCCCAAUGAUGAGCUAAGUGGGUUAGUGACAACCCCCUUUAACUACAAAGUCACUCAGUCCACCUCCUAUAUCAAAGCCCUUAAUGCCGAAGGGCAAGAACUAUUCAAACAUUGCAAAAAUCAGGUUUUGGAAUUGACCACCUGCAAAGAAAGUUUUGGAACCCUUCAUCAUGAGGCCACAAACCAUGCUCUUUCUGAAGGGGUGAAAGCUAUGACAGAAGUGAAGUGGUUGAAGGUCAACCAUGAAAAGGCUUUGAAGGCUCAGCUCGACCUGAAUAAUGCUCUAAAGGCCAAGGAUGAUGAAAUAAAGAAGCUUACAUGGGAGCCCGCUAAUAGCUUUAUUGAUGGUUUCAAAAUUUUCAGGGUCAAGUCAAGAAACUAUUGCUUGAGAUGGAGUCCCUUUGGGUUUUAG